ACACACACUCACUCACUCAAACACACAAGCACACACACGUUUAUUUGUGAACUGUUAGGAGUAGUUCUCUCUAGGAACAAUAGUUCAUUAGGCGUUCCUAAAUAAUAUAAAGACUCUUGUGCAGUCUUUCAGUUCAUUAAAUGUCAAAGUGGCAGAAUUGAGCAAAUAAUGCAAUUCACAACUCUAUGUCCUGCACAGUGACAAUUAACUAAUAUGACAAUAUGAGCAUUUAGUGGUCGAAACUAACCACAGAGAUGGGGCAAGAAGACCGUGACCUUUCUCUUGGAAGAAAUCCCAGCACAUGCAAUCUCCUCUCUGUCUUAAUAAGAGAGUGAGAAAGAAUAGCGAGAGUGCCCAAGAAUAUACAUUACACUUGUGUGAGGUUACAACAUCAGAAAAAAGGUCAGGUGACUAAUGCCAUGCGUGUUGAUGAAUAAUCUUUAAUAGGCAGUGCUGCUGUUAAAAAGGACUGAGCAUGACUGAUUUAUGUAACGGUUACUGAAAGAGAACACGGGGACUACCACCGGCAUGCUUCAGCUGAAUCUCCAGUACCACAUCUGUGUGUGUGUAUACAUAUAUAUAUAUAUAUCAUAGAGGUCUGUAGGGGAACUACCAGCGAGUCAUCAGUUUCCUCUUUUUUUCCAAAAUGUACAAACGCAGGCAUUUGCUUUAGAACAUCAUGAUUGCAUCACACAAAGCACACAAAGAAAUGAAGAACAGCUACACUUUGUGCUCAAAGCUUACUACACGGUCAAAUACACAAUGUGUAAUCUGUUUAACAGCCUGUAGACCGUUUGGUAUGUUUGCUUGCACACAAGUCAUCAUGUGUCCUAUCAUAAGAUGUUCCGUGUGAAGCUCUGUGUGUUUCUCUGCAUGUGCUGUUCAGAGGAGAGCUGGACUGAUUUGGAAAUGUGGAAUUUCCACGUAUUGAUGAGGAAGCGUGGUGUGAAUGGGAGCUGUCCAUAAGAGACAGAAACACCGAGAACGGCUGAAUGCUGCUCAUGUCCCGUGGGCUCUAAUUCUGCCAGCAAGCUCUUCACAGAUUCACUCAUCUUCAUCUCCAUCAUGAUCAUCAGUAGGCAGUGUCUCUUUGAUUUCAGCACAUGCAUUGUCAUGUUUUCCCUGAGAUUAUUCCUGACCUCUGCGCUGCCUCUGGAGGACAGUUGUGUGCUUGUGGGUCCAGAGAUCCCAGAUUAUCGAGUUCAAGGCGAAGCGGUUAUCAUCAGAUUCCCUUUUCUUGAAGAUGCGAUUAAUUACAGGAGACUGCGAGUGGACAGCAGCUCGAGCUUCCACGUCCGUCACAGCAGCCUGAGGAGCGAGAGGCGUGAUGGGGUGAUGCUGACCGAGCGCAGGAUCCUGCUCCUCCCGUCUCACCCCUCAGACUCUGGAACCUACACCUACAUCUUCAGGAGCGACACGUUCUGCCUCACUGGGAGUAUUACAGUAAUGAUCUACAAGGAAGAGGAGCCCAACAUCACUGUAAUGCCCUACACCGCACGCGCAGGAGAAGAUACUGACAUCGUCUGUCCCCAUUUGAAAUACUUCAAAAGGUCUGAAAAUCCAAAGUGGUACAAGGAUUUUCAGAGCACAGCUCUCCCUAUCGGCAAAGGACAGUAUACAGUCGAGAGAGGCAUAAUUCUGGCCAUCAAAAACAUCUCUGUGAAAGAUGAGGGCUUCUACACGUGUAGGCUAAGUGUGAUUUUCAACAAUACCCAGUAUAAUGUGAGCAGGACCUGGAGAGUUCAAGUGUCAGUCCCAGAAUCAGAAGCGGUCACCUCUAACAGUCUCAGUGCUUUCACAUCAUCGAGUCUUUCAUUCCCUUACAUUGUCUUUCCUGCAAACGGAUCCUUCAUUGAAAGUCAUUUAGGCGUUCCUUUGGUGAUCCAGUGCAUGGUGUCUGUUGGAAACCAGCUAGCUCAGUCCACAGAUGUGACAUGGCUGGUUAAUGACCAGUCAGUGGAAAACUCUUACCUGGGUGGACGUGCUUUUCAGACAGAUAAGAGUAUCUCAGGCAAGCAUCUGGAGGUGCAGCUGGUUAUCCUCGAGCUCCUGGAAGAGGACAAUGGGACAGAAUUGAAGUGCAUAUGCCAAAACGAAGACCAGAAACAGGAAGUUGUCACUCAAAUCAAACUGGAAGACUCGGAGUCUGUGUGGUUGGUGGGAGCUGCUGCAUCCUCCUGUUUUAUGCUCGUGGUGUGUGUUUUUGCAUAUCAUUUGUGCCAAAGGCCACAGAAACCAAGGGACUAUGUUCUGGCUCGACAGGACAGCACCAUGUGAAGAUGGCUUCCACUUUACAUCUUCAACAAUGCACCUAUCUUCAUCAUGUUUUAGUUACUCUGAUCUUUUGUGUCGAGUUGGUCUUUUGUUUGAACUUUGUUUUGCUAGGUCUUGCCUCACAGUUCCCUCUCUAAUUGUUUUCGGGUGUUUCUUGUUUCUUGCAAUCAUUACUCCCACAUACACACUCCCCUAUUUUCAGUACUUGUUUGGUCUGUUCUGUAUGCAUAUUGGCAAGACUUGGUUCCUUGUUUCUUUGUAUUUAGCUUUAAAAUAAAGCUGCACUUGGAUCCAUACAACUUCUGUUUUUCGAGCUAUUAGUAGAACAUCUGUGUAGACU